UGGCAAAAAUACCACAAGGGGGCAGAUAAGUCCAAAUGGAUUCCCCUUGUGUUCUUGUUGCAAGCUGCACGGAGUUUUCUCCGUUUGACCUGGCUAAACAGAUACUCACGGCUGAUGCCCUACCAGAUCCCAGGCAGCGUCUAGAAGGAAUACUAGCAUACCCUUGGCACAUUAACACAAAAUAUUACACUGCCAAUGUGGACAUUUGUGUUACAGAAAAGCGAACCAUUGGGGACCAGAAGUUUGCAGAAUCAGUUGAAGCAUUUAUUGUUUAUUUUGAUAGCAAAGAUGUGGGGAGUUUUGAACAAGUGAGAUCCUGGCUUCCAUUUAUCAAAGAAAUUGAACCAUCCGUUCAGAUGUUGAUCUGUGAAUGCUGUGAUCACAGUGAUGCUGUUCCUAGACAGAGGGUUCUGAAGUGGUGUCUGGAUAACACAUUUGAACUAGUGGAACUAAACCCUGUUCAAGACAGUGGAAGUGAGGAAGAUGAUUUCCAAGAGACAACUGGUAUGAAAAGAAUUAUUCAAGCAUUACAUGCUCAUACAUGGUCAAAUUUGGAAAUGAAAGACCGGCCAGCAUUUAGAAGUCCCUAUUUUGAGCAACUGAUGGUGGAGGAGAAAGCAGAAAAAGAUGCUGCCAAACUUCAAAGUGGUACAAACACAGAGAAUUCUACAGACAGUGCAGAUAAUUCCCAAAUACAUGCUCAUUCCAUUGAUAAUAUUCAAGGAGAGCUAAGUAAAAGUUUAGCUGGUGCUUCAAAACCUGAUAGUGAAGAAGCUGUAACUCAGAAUGCUAACAGUUGGUCUACCUCAGCAAAUGAUAAAGAAACGGGUGGUGCAUCUGAUGAUAUGAAAGUGAAGAAGGGAGAAAAAACAAGAAAAAGCAAGGAACAAAUACAGGAGGAGAAGAUUGAUUCUCUAAUCAAAGAUGAUGACCUUUCUAUGUUGGCAGCAUUAGGAAACAAUGAAUCAGAUCAUGAAACCUUUGAAGAGUUGUUUGCAAAGAUGAGGAUUAUGAAAGAGACAGCAGAGUCGCUUCCAGCAGAGGAGAGAAAAUUGUAUGCAGAAAAGGUCGCAAUAUCAUUCUGGAAAGCAAUAGGUGGGGAUGAAGAUGAAAUUGAAGGACUUGAUAGUGAUGAUGGAGGGGGAAUGGACUAAAGCAUUAUCAGUGGUUAAUAUAUUAAUAGCUGUGGCCAUUUUUGAAUCACUACAGACAAGAAAUAGACAUACUUGAUUUUUCCAUUCCUUUUAACACACAAUAUAUAUGACAUUGAAUGCAAAUAGUUUUAAGAGAAACAACACAAGAUGUUUGUAUGUAUAAUAAUAUAAUCAGUACUUUUUAU